AUGUCGAAUUGGAAAGUUUACAUGUUAGUUGAUAGACAAAAGGAUAGGAAAGCAAAAGAUCAAGAGAAAGUAGAGAAAGAAAAAGAUCAAGAGAAGGUAGAGCAAGAAAACGAUCAAGCCCAGGAGGAAGAGAAAGAGAAGGUAGAGAAAGAAAAAGAUCAAGAGAAGGAAGAGAAAGAAAAAGACCAAGAGGACGUAGAAAAAGAUGUUACUCAAGAGAAAGAAGAAACACAUUACAAAGAAGUUCUGCAAGACGACAGCUUUUUGUAUGCUGCUACUCUAACAGAAGAAUUGGGAUAUCCCAUUGUCCAGGAUCUUUUGCAGCUGCAGAUGAAUACUGAGGAAGGGAUUUUGGAAUUUGAGGCUACUGACAUUAGCAAAGAUGAUGAAAUCAAAGUGGGUCAAUACGUCGCUGUUGCAUAUGAGAGCGAAUGGUUCGCUGGACUUGUUGUGGAAAAGGUGGAUGACACUUUUAAAAUUAAUUUUAUGAAAAAGAUAUCAACCGGAAAUGACUUCAAAUGGCCCGCCAAGGAAGAUACAUCCUGUGUCAGAAAAGAAUUCAUUUUCGAAACCAAUGUUGAAGUCAAGUCACCAAAGACUCCUAUGGCAGGAUUUGGCACAUUAAAGAGUACAAAGAAAUACAGAACAAAUUUCAAUCUUUCUGCAAAAAAUUUUUUACUAAUUGAUAUCAUUAUGUCCAUACAUUUUACUGACCAAGAGAUUUUAAGGCUUAUGGAAGUACUUAUGUAUAAAGAUUAACUCAUUAUGUAAGGAUUAUUCCUAUCUCAAUAUGUUAUCAAGCAUAUAUUUUUGAAAAAACUUUAAAUUUCGAUAAAGCAAAACAAAAUUUUGAUAUCAAACAUUAAGAAAGUUAGUUGUUUUAUGCGGGUAAAAUUGCCCCAUACACAUUGUUAACAACUUCUCUGAUCAAUGGUGUGUAUU